AUGCCUGAGCAGGAGCCCCCUUAUGACCCUUAUAUCCCCAGCGGCCAGGCCGGCUCGCAGCAGGCCGGCGCUGCCGGCGGCAAUGCCAGAACACAGGCUCUGCAGGCUCAAAUCGACGACACGGUCGGUGUCAUGCGCGACAACAUCAACAAGGUUUCGCAGCGUGGUGAGCGCUUGGAUGCCCUGCAAGACAAGACGGACAACCUUGCCGCCUCGGCGCAGGGUUUCCGCCGCGGAGCCAACCGUGUACGCAAGCAGAUGUGGUGGAAGGACAUGAAGAUGCGCAUGUGUAUCAUCAUCGGCAUUAUUGUCCUGUUGGCCAUUAUUAUCAUUCCCAUUGCUGUCAAAACGAGCCACUAA